GGGUCACGUCACAAUUGACCUUCGCCAACUUUUUCUCUGGGCAUGAGAUAUCAUACCUCUCGGGAAGCAUUGUGACCCCUAUUUCCCUCCUUAGUCAGUCCAAUUCGACCUUGGCGAAAGGGAAGUUUCACCACAAUGGCACCGAUAAACUGUAGUCCGUUAACCGGCACUGCCCGGAGAAGUGCUGCACGUUUUCUCCAACCGCAGUCCGCCUGCAGAGCUCAACCCAUCAUCGCACCACGGCCACGGGCGCAGCCACGCCGACCAGUCUCCUCAACCUCAAGACGAGCUUACAAACAACCAGCAGACAACCCUGAUUUCCACUCUAUCCUCGAUAAUCCACCCGAGCUGGUCCGAUCCGGCCGCAAACAUGGUCCCGGGCUUAUUAUCCUAGCCAUCAUACCUCUCACAGCCUUCGGCCUCGGCACCUGGCAGGUCUACCGCCUGCAAUGGAAGACGGACCUGCUGGCCAAGUGCGAGGACCGCCUGGUGCGGCCGCCGCUCCCGCUCCCGCCUCGCGUCGAUCCGGCCGCCGUCGAAGACUUUGACUACCGCCGCGUGUACGUUACCGGCCACUUCCGCCACGACCAGGAGAUGCUCAUCGGCCCGCGCAUGAGGGACGGCGAGCAGGGCUACAUGGUCGUGACGCCGCUCCAACCCAUCACCGCCGAGCAGUCCGAGGCGCCUACGGCCAGUGGUGGCGACGGCACCAGCACCGGGUCUUCGUUGUGGCAGCGCGUGUCUGGCUUCUUCUGGGGGAGUUCUGAUAACGGUGGCAAGGAUACCGCGAUCUCGGCGCCACAGGUCGCGGAACCGCCGCCACCAGCAGUACUUGUGAACCGCGGCUGGGUCAGCAAAAAGUUGGGAGACCAGAAAGACCGUCCAGAGAGUCUGCCCGAGGGCCCUGUUACCGUCGAGGGCAUGAUACGAAAGCCAUGGAAAAAGAACAUGUUUACGCCAGACAAUAGGCCCGACAUUGGAGAAUUCUACUUUCCCGACGUUGAGCAAAUGGCUAGUCUCACAGGCAGCCAACCUAUUUGGAUUGAGUCUACGAUGGAGCCGGGGUUAUUAGAGGUUCUUGAAAUGCAACGCAAGGGCAUUCCGAUUGGCAGGGCAGCCGAGGUUAACCUCAGGAAUAAUCAUGCCCAGUACAUUUUUACUUGGUAUGCGCUGGCCGCCGCGACGUCGAUCAUGUUCUAUUUGGUGGUCAAGAAGCCGUCAAAGGAUGUGACCCGCCGUGUUCGGAAGAACUACAGCUGGUAGUGUUACGCUUGCUACUCAAGCGUGCUUGGCAUCUACGCUAACCUUUUUGGUUGGCGCAUCGAUGUGGGUGAGAAGUUCUGCGAUGGAUUCGCACAAGUGUUUGUGAUAUUGAAUCCCGUCCAAUCAAAACCUAUCCCAGUUCACGUCUCAUCAAGAGACGUGGCAUGUCCAGUGGCUUUACGGCGCUUCUUGAGAGGUGCCCGAGCCGGCAUCCGCAGCACUUGCAGCAGUUCCCUUGGGAGAUGUCUUUGAGCAAGCGAGAAGAGUGUAGCCUGCGAAUCGAUCUGCCUCUGCCUGUAGUUGUUUGGGAGCGAUAGCGUCAGUCAUUUGGGCUUGUAGUAGGAAACCAGGAAUAUACACCUGGCAUUAUAUAUGUAACACCAUCUCGUUCAUAUGGGAAACAAGCUGUAUAGAUACCCCAUAGAUUGUAACAAUUAAAAAAGGGCAUACCUUUUCAUCAAUGUG